AUAAGAAUAGUAAAUAAAUGUGACAUUUAAAACGUUGUUUAUAUUCUUGCAACAAUCAUGUUGGGAAUCCUGCUCUUGUUGGCAUCUUCGUUGGCUUUGGCAACAACCCUCGAAUUUACUGACUGUGCAACCGAUAAAACCGCCACACUCCUGACUGUUCGUUCCCUAGAUAUAUCUCCAGCAGUAAUUCCGUUUCCGGGACAAAUUCAAAUCAGCACUUACAUAUCCAUUAACCACCCAAUAACUCACUUCUUUGUUGAUACUGUUCUUGAAAUACAGACAUUGGGAGUUUGGACGAAAAUACCAUGCAUAGGAUCAACAAGCAUUGGGUCAUGCCAAAACUUUGAUUUUAGAACUUUAUUGGAAAAUAUGCACAAUGGUACAUCAGUCAUAUCCAAUAGUUUUGGUCAGCAACUUAGUGCAAUUCUGCUGAAGGCAUUAGGGUACAAAGCGCGUUUUCCUUUAUAUCCAAAGGACGUCAUAAUUUGUCACGAGCCUCUCACUUUAAACGUUCCAACAGGCAUUUUAAAACUGAUUUUCCAAAAUGGAAGAACUUACAGAGUGACAAUUUCUGUUAAAGACGACCCGACCAUUCGGAGCAACCUUGGUUGUAUUCAAUUUAAGUUUCAAUUAGCGCAAAAAGUUGACCCUUACCUGGUCGGAUAAGACCUUGAGAAGAAAGAAGAAAGAAUUUGUACAUACACACAUUGAUUUAUGUCUGGUAAUCAAAACUUCAAGCGACAUAAUGUUCAUUUUAUUGUCUAGUUGAGCUUAAUUGACUGUAUAAAUUUUCAAAGGAAUAGUUAGUUAAAUGCUUAUUGACCGACAGUUGAUAUUUUAAUAUGAUUAGGAUAUGAAACUGCCUGGAGAAAAUGAGCUUAACAGAAAUAUCAAUAUCAAGUUCGCUUGUGUAUCAAAAUGUAAUGAUUUCUACUUACCAAAAUAUUUUGUACGUGCAUAUUGCCUACACAUUUGUUUUGAUAAAAAAAAAAUCAAAUGCGUGACAUUUUUAACAAUCAUCAUCUUAUCAUUUCACUAUUUUACUUUUUUAAUGUAUCAAAAGAUUCUAGGAAAUAGCUUUAAACCAUUUAGUAAAAGGAAAAAUAACUUAUAACAAACUUGUCUUUAAUAAAGUUAUGAAGUGAAUUAUUGUUUUAGAUUCAAUUGUUUGAUUUUAUUUUCAAUUGAUUUCUAGCGGUGCGACGAUAUAGCGAUUUACAGCGUCAGGCCAUACGCAAUUUUGUUAUCAUAAUAAUAAAAACAAAAAUUGCAUUGAUGCAAAGCAUCAAAGACGACGCCAAAAUAUAUUUGAUCAAGACCUGCACAUAAAUACUUAACAGAAGAUGUGUACUUUAUACCAGUACCUAUACAUGUGACCUGGAGGCUUUUGAAACUUGAACCCAAACGUAUAGACUUUGUCUUGCCAAGAUGAAAAGACAAUUUAGUCAAUUAACCAAUCACUAAAAUUCUCAUUCCAAAUGAGAGGAUUUCUUCAGGGUACCUGAGUCAUCAGCAUAUAAUGAAAAUGCUUAUUGCUUAGGGUUGCAGACAUGUCCUUGACAUAUAUUAGACAUAAAAGAGGACCUAAAAUGAACCCCCUGUCAGCUGCUGUCUGUCAAAGAUAAGACUUGAACCAUGUAAGAAUGUCAUUAUCUAUGGCAGAUACUUGAAGUUUCAUGUGCAUAAUAGCGUGAUCAACUGUAUCAAAUACCUUUUGUAGAUCUAAAAGUAUCAAACAUACUGCUUUGUCCAUUUCAAAUUUUAUACAAUCUGUUAAAUUAAUAAAACAUGUGUCAGUUUAAAAAACACUUCUAAAUUUACCCUGACUGAAACUGCCUGACCAUGACUCGAACUCAUAAAUGUCAGAAGACCAACUGAGCUAUCCGGCCGGCUACACAUUAUCUCUUUAGUAAUGAACAGUUCUAGACAACCAUAACAUAUUCACCCACUAAAUUGAUAUUUGUCCUAGAAUUUCUGAUGUUUACAGAGCAUAGAGAAUUAAACUCUGGUUUAUAUGAGAAAAUGUGCAGCCUGACCAAAGCUCGAGCCUGUGACCCAUAUAAUAAUGUACCGCGGCUGUAGCGAUUGGGCUAUCUGGCCGUCUACAGAUUUUUUAUCACCUAAAUAGUGAACAGUUCUAAACCGUGACAGAUGCAUUUAGAUAUUUUAAUUAAUAGGUAGAUUAAUUCUUAAUUAAUACAAAUAAGAAAAAGAAAAACUUACAUACCUAUUGUCUUAAUUAAAAUAACAAUUUAUAUGUUUUAUUUUUUUUUUUUUGCUAAAGAAGGGCGUAGACAGUUAUUGGUUGUGCCAUUAUUUGUAUCAGGUCAGUUUAAAAGUGAAUAUAACUGAACUAAUACAUGUGCAAUAUCUUAUUCUUUGUACAGAUAAAAAAGACUAACCUUUAUUUCUAGAUACGAAAUUUUAUGAAGGCUAAUUUGUGCCAUGCUGUAUUUUGCAUCAGAGGGCACCGGGCGUUAACAUAAAAAUACAACAAACAAACCACUUUCUGGUAUAUUUAUGUUUCCAUGUGGCGCCCGGUUACUUUUUGUAUUCCGUCGGUUUUCGUGUGGCACAAAUCACCCACUAUAAAAUUUAGUGUACAAAUUAUUCACUUGCAAGCAACAAUUUACUCUAUGAAAAGUCUGUAGUCGGGUUUACUCUGCCCGAUACCUGUAGGUUGAGACCGGUGUCCCUCUAUUACAAAAAUAUAAGACAGGAGCUGUCCUUUUCAAAAUAUGCAUAUGUUAGAAAAAAUUAGAAUUACAAUUCAUAAUAUGAUAUUUUUGAAACUUUAUAAUUUAUAUUGCUUGAUCCAAGUUUAAGGACAUUUUUUUCCCUUAACAGACCAGUACUGGCCUACUAGAGUGUGGAAUAAUAUCUAUAUUGUCAUGCAACCAUCCGGUGGAUUUACACCAUGGACCCUGUCAUCAGUACUAAUGAACACUAUUUUAACCUCAAGUCUAGAUAGGUCAUUAUGUUACCUGCCGAAACUCGCAAAUUCAGAAAAUAAGCCUCAACAUCCAGACUAAGUCACCCUUUACAAUAUUCCUCUUACUCCAUCAUAGAUACUAUUAUUAGCCAGCAAACCUAUAACAUGUAGACUUAUCAAUACAUGUAUUAUCAUUUAUAUUUUAAUGCAAUAGAAUAGAGAAAAUAAGAAUCCCUAAAGAAAGCCCAACACGACAAAAUUGAAAAUGUUGCAGGCUCGGUGUGAUUGAGCCUGUUCAUGGACGGUACUGUUUAGUGCAAAGUACCGUCCUCGCCCCCUGCACGGUUAGUGGUCAGUUCUACAGAGACUCCUGCUUGGUACACGUCGUUAACUACAUUAAA